UUCCCACAGUCAUUCCCUCGGAACCGGAAGCAGUGCUGCGUGUGUUAGUGUUUAGAGUCGCUGAUCAGCCUGCACAAGUGCACAGUGGCUUCAACAUCCACAUUUAACCAGCAGACUCCUGCCAGAGUUUCUUUCACCUGUGAGAGCUUCAGGAUCGCCGGGAUACUCGAUUAGUUCCUCAGACUUCAUCACCAUGCCAGCCGCACUUGCAGAUACCAGUCAGAUUAUCUGUGAGGUCUGGGCCAGCAAUGUGGAGGAGGAGAUGAGGAAGAUACGACAGAUUAUUCAAAACUACAACUACAUCGCAAUGGACACUGAGUUUCCUGGAGUGGUGGUCCGUCCCAUUGGAGAGUUUCGCAGUACUGUUGAUUAUCAAUACCAGCUCCUGCGGUGCAACGUGGACCUUUUAAAAAUCAUCCAGCUGGGCUUGACGUUUAUGAAUGAAGAUGGAGACUACCUACCAGGAACCACAACAUGGCAGUUCAACUUCAAAUUCAAUCUGACAGAGGACAUGUACUCGCAGGACUCAAUAGAUCUCCUGCAGAACUCUGGGCUGCAGUUUAAGAAGCACGAGGAGGAGGGCAUCGACGCACUCUACUUUGCAGAGCUCCUGAUGACAUCAGGCCUAGUGCUUUGUGAAAAUGUCAAGUGGCUCUCUUUUCACAGUGGAUAUGAUUUUGGCUAUCUGGUGAAGCUGCUCACAGACUCUCGACUGCCUGAAGAGGAACACGAGUUCUUCCAGAUCUUAAAUCUCUUCUUCCCUGCCAUCUACGAUGUCAAGUAUCUUAUGAAGAGUUGCAAAAACCUCAAGGGGGGACUCCAGGAAGUGGCGGACCAACUGGAACUGAAGAGGAUCGGCAGGCAGCAUCAAGCCGGCUCAGAUUCGCUGCUCACUGGAAUGGCGUUCUUCCGCAUGAAAGAGCUGUUUUUCGAAGACAACAUUGAUGAUGCCAAGUAUUGUGGGCGGCUCUACGGUCUGGGAUCAGGUUCCUCUCAAAGUCAGAACGGAAUCUCUAGCUCCUCACAGGAGGAAACCAACAACAAGCACUGACCAAAUGAGCAAGCGACAGCAACGAUGCACUUGUUUUAAUCCCACCCCUCAGAUAUUUUCGUUCCUGUUUCUUACAAAGAUGAUUUCCAAUGAUUCAUGCAUUCUAAUGGGACAUUUGGAAAUGCCUACAAGCUAUAUCUUGGAUUCUGUUCUGCUCAAUAGU